CUCAGUAAACCUUGCUGGUUGCAUGAUAUUAUUAAUACUAUUCACAACUUAAUGUAAGCAUUUCUUCCUUACUUCAGAAAUGAAGGCCAGGGUAUUUAAAAGUUGCUGCAGGUGAUUCAUCCUGCGCAGGAUCCAGGCAGGCGACGCCACAGCGAUGAAUGCGUUUGGUGAGGCAUAUGAAUCAUCCCGGGACAUUAACAUAGAAGUAUUACAAAGCCCGUAUUUCCUGACAGGUGAGGCAGCUUCAUCCGGCGUCUCAGUAACGAUAACAUUAUACCCCUUUAGGGACUGGCACCUCGGGGGUUCUUUUUUUUUUUUUUUUUUUUUCUAUAAAUUUCGUUGCCCCUUCAUCAGUACCCCUUUGGCAUACUUGUUCCAUGUACCCGCCACCUCGAUAAGUCAUAACCUCAGCCUCCUGCAUAAGAAAUAAAAGUAAAUAAAUAUGUAAAAAAAUAAAUCUCAAAGCGUGGUCCAGUGGACGCUGUAAAAAGGUGACAUCAUGUCGGUCCAUUCGUCUCAGAUUCCAUCUUACUAGAAAAUUACCUGCAUCUAAGAUUUUUUUUUUUCAUGUAUUACAAAGUUACAAUGACGCACACCAGUUCUGUAAUAUAAUGCAUUCGGAAUUGGAAGCCGAAUUAUGAAACCGUCGAAAUCGAGAGAGUUGCGAACUCAGUGUGGGUGCAUCGUUGGUGUAAGGGGAUGCGUUGAGUUUCUUAAAAUACUAUAUUUUUGGACUCCACUUGAACGUAUUGUGUUGUGUGUUGAUGCAGUUCUCACUGUUGAACUGACUUGCGGUUUACAGACACCCAGCGCAUUGCAGGAAGAAAAUCGAAAAAGAAAAAAAAACAAUGGGCCGCCCAGAGGAAGACCGUCAGCCUUCACGAAGCUCGGGAAAGGUGGUGGUAGCGGUGGCGGCCGCGGCGGGGCGGCGACGGGCGUACAUGUGUCAGAUGCUGACUGACAAGCGUUACCGUGAAGAGCAUCGCUGUAGAGGCUCUGUGAAGCACCACGAGCAUACUUUUCUCUGCUCUCUGGCAGGGGGAUGUCGCCUCGGGAUAAGCAACAGGAACUAUCGUUUCACACACACUCUAAAUACGAGGAGCGGCAUCAGUGGACAGCAAGGCUCCUAUCAUCGUAAGAUCGUAAACUUGUGGACCGCCUCGUUGGGGUGAGUAAUAACGAAUAACUGAAUUGUAAUGGGAAUACUGGUGAACCGGAGUCUUUUGUCCAUCAUGGGUAUGUUAUAUUGUGAACGGCGUUGCUUCAACAGCUCUAUGCAUUUUGUCUUCGUUGAAAAGGAGAGAUGAAGCCAAAGAAAGCGAUUGUGUUCGAUGUGUGAGAAAAGAAAUGUGAUCGGUGCGAAGGAUACAGACAAUUUUUAUAUUUCCAGUUAGAUACUGUGCUUAAUUUGUAUUCAAUAUUUCCAGUUAGAUAUUGUAUUCGAUUUUUAUUCGUUCACUGAAAGUUGCAUUGGAUGAGAUUAAAAGUGCCGCUCUCCUUGCAUAUAUCCAAUCAUGGAUGGAUCCCCAUAAACUCAAAUAUAUACACUCUGAACGAUUAGUAAUAACUGAGAAAAUGCUAUUAAAUGGUGAAUUGUAAAUGUAAUAUCAGAAACAUUUAGUAUACUAGAUUAAAAGUAAGCCAUAUGCAUAUAUUUGUAUUAGAAAAUCGUGACUAUUUAUGUGAUACCUUCUGAUUAGCCUUGUAUUGAAUCAGCAAGGAUCACAGUGACUGACUGCACGGUGCCAUAAAACCACUGCGUCACUACGGUGUUCCAUGCUCACCACGUAUUGCUGUGUGCUAUCAUGUGAGAAAUAGUGCCCUUUUUUAACAUCCUCACAGAUGAAGAUUAGCCCAAGUUCAUGUUACCAAGGAAUUCAACUCGAAAAUAUGACUGUGAGAGGCCGUGCGGUGGUGUGACGCAAUGGGCUCAGAGGCUAAUGCUAGACGUCUUGGAAAGUUUUCUCGAAUAUUUAUGGUUUCUAGUUUAUUAUGAGAAUGGUGGAGUCUUUUGCACUGGUAGCCAUAAUAGUGAGUGGCUAAAGGAAAAGAGGAUAUAACAAUUCUUCCUUUUCAUCAGUAGAAAUGUAACCACAGGGUGCCCAACCUGUUCCUCUGUGUGUUUCCAUGACAACACCUUUCUGUAUUGAUGGUUGUGGUGGCGAGCGAGCAAGGAGAAGGAAAACAUGACGGUUCCUUCUACGUAUAUCCUAAAUACAAACCAUACACAAGAAAGCCGGGCUACCUCUCUUAACCUUUCUUUGCACGUCACCAUGACAGCACCCUUACGAUUGCAUAAAACUAAAAUCUCACAAGUCAUACCCUAGGAAGCUGGGUCACCUCACUCAGUCUGCCUCUACGCAUCUAUAUGAAAACUCCUUUACGAUUGUAGAAAAUUGGAAUCUCAGGAACCAUGCACAAGAAAGCCAAGUCGACUUACAGCCUUCAUUUACCUCCAUGACAACACCAUUAAGAUGAUCAAGAAUUAGAAUCUCACAAACCAUAUACAAGAAAGGCAAGUUACCACACCCAGCCUGUCCUUGUGCGCCUUCAUGACAAUAACAUUAAGAUUUUGGAAAAUUAGAAUUGCCCAAUAACAAAUUUUACAGGCGUCUUGCUGACCUCUGACAGACAGGACAUGUUAUUUUGCCUUAUUUUGUAAUGUAUGUGUAUUCAUGUUUAUUUCUAUCAAUUUGAUAAGUGACAGUAAGUUUUGCAUAUUGGCUUCUCGGAAUCGACUGAAUCCGAUUAUAAUUGACAAAAUACGAAUAAUAAAUGCAACUAAUAAAACAUUACGCUGAUUUAAUUCUCUGUCAGCCUUCCUGCCGUCAUGAUUAAUCUCUUAUGAAACCUGAAUCUAGAAUUGCAAUAAGUUUAAUAUAUUUAAUGUCAUUAAUAAGGUUGAUUGGACCCUGGAUACAAUAACACCAACACAAAAUUUGAAAUAUUUGUUGAGUUGAGCAUAAUUUUAUCAAUAAUUACAGGUAAGCGGGAAUUGUUUAGCUUUCCUAUAAUAUUGAGUCAUUUAACAAAAGCUGCAACUCAUCAUUUGUCCUCAUUAUAAAGAGUGAACGC